AUGGCUGCAACAGCAAUUGAUGGUCAGAAUUCUCUGGUUCCUUUAGGCAUUAAGGUGGCUAAGAGUGAAACCAAGGAGAGCUGGACUGGGUUCCUCAAGGAUUUGGCUCCAGCAAUCAAUGCACAUCAUGCUGGCAGAAUUACCUUUAUUUCUGAUAGGCAAAAAGGGUUGUUGGAAUCUGUUCCAAAGGUUUUCCCUGGUGCAAGAGAGCACUUUGACAACAUAUGCAAAGAAAGUCCGGCUGCUGGUGAAUAUCUUAGGAAAGAAGAUCCAAGUACUUGGUCUAGGGCUUAUUUUGAUCCCCUUAGCUGUUGUGAGCAUAUGAAUAACAAUUUCUCAGAAUCAUUUAAUUCUAUGAGUUCUAAUAUGAGAGAUAAACCAAUAAUCCAACUAGGCAUGAUGUAUGGUCAGUUAGUAAUGGGUUUGUUAUUUAAGAGAAGGGAAGAAUCUGCUAAGUGGAAUCAAAAUGAUUUGGUUCCUGCUGUUGUUAAGUUGAUAAAUAAGAUGCUUGACUUGGUUGGGAAGUUUGAUACAGAAGGAAGUGUGGUUGGACAGGUUUAUUUGGUAACUAAUAUGUCUACCAAGAAAAUUUUCACAGUGAACAUUGUAGACAAACAAUGCACUUGUUUGCAAUGGCAGCUAAGGGGAUUCCCUUGUCAACAUGCUGUAUGUGCAUUGAAACUGCUCAGGCCAAACUGGAAAGAUUAUUGUGCUCCUUACUACUCUGUGGAAUAUUAUAGGACCAUAUAUGCAGAUGCUGUAAAUCCACUAGAAGACAUAAGUGAAUGGAACUGGGAAGAUAAGGCAUCCAUGGACAUCAACUUAAAGCCUCCUCCUUAUCAAAGAAAAACUGGAAGACCAGCAAAGAAGAGGAAGAGGAGCUAUGAUGAACCUGAAACUGUGGUGAAGAAAAGGAAAUGUGGAAAGUGUGGAUCUACUGCUGGUCAUAAUAAGAGAACCUGUGCUGGUGGUGAUGUUGGUAAAAACCCAACUGGAUUCAUGCCAAGCACCGAGUAUGAUGCUGCAAACUGCACCUUCACUAGUAGAGAUCAUCCUGAAAGUAGCAGUGCAAGGGGUAAAGCAAAGGUGAACAAAUCCAGAGGUACAUCUUCAUUUGUUGGUGAGUCAACAGGACCUAAAAACUUUGGAAGAGCACCAGCAGAACCUAGCACCCAUGGAUCUACACAAGAUGUUCUGAAUUUCAGUCAGAACUUUACUGGUAUUGGAUCUGUUAGUCAACAUAUUCCUGUCACAAAGGGAAAGCAAAGCAAGGCUAAGAAGAAGUAGAAGUGUGUGUGUGCUUCUUGUUGUGUUAGA